AUGGCCACCUUCACCGAACAAGCUUACUACGGAGGAGCCAUCAAGGGCAUCAUCCCGCAAGGCUGGAUGGACUCCAGCACAUUCCGCGAAGUCCCCGACCACCAAGAAAUCUUCCUCUCCCCCACAACCCUCUCCUCCCAAAUCGUCGAGCUCAACAGCCGCGUCUCCCCCGACGAAACCCUCGCCCACUCCACCAACACUACCCCCGACCUCGCCGCCGCCCUCUACCACAUCCACGACGUCUGCGACAACGAAGACACCCUCGAGAUCACCCAAUCCCCUCACCCGGUGACCAUGGCGCGCAUGCGCUCCGUCCCAGGCGUGACGGCCUAUCGCGGCGAGGCGACCAUUACCUCCCGCAAUAGCGGCAGUGACCGCAACCGCGGCCGAGACGGGUCGGUUGGGGGCGCGGCGGCGGGGUCGAGUGCGGAGGGCGCGCUGACGACGCUGACGAGUUGCUUCUUUUUGUUGGUGAGGCUGGCGGCGCAGGAGACGGAUCUGUUGGUGUUUGUCAAUGUGCCGAGGAAGGAGUUUGAGGCUGCGAGGGAUGAGGUGGGCUUGGGGCGGGAGGAGGAGCUGGCGAGGGGCAUUGUGGGGGAGUUGGUGGAGAGGUUGGAGGUUGUUGAUUGGGGGUUGUUUGUUUGA